AUGUCUUCCGCCCCCGCCCCCGCCCCCGACUCCGACCACUGCGACGCCGGAAGCAUCAUGGCCGACGUCCUCUCCAAGGGCCGCGAAUCCUGCUACAAGGCCCGGGACGCCUUCUACGCGUGCGUGGAGAAGCACGCGGACAAGAAGCCCACCGAGAUCGCCACCAUGGGGCUCCUCUUCCCCGCCGACUGCAAGAAGUCCCGCGCCCAGUACGUCAGCAGCUGCCGCCCCUCCUGGGUGAGGCACUUCGACCGGCAGCACUGCGCCAAGAAGCGCGUGCAGAGGCUGCUCGACGGCGACGACGACGGCCGGGGUCCCAUGUCGCUGCCCCAGCCCUACACGUUCAAGCAAUAA